AUGGCUGAUGAUAACUCUCCGACGACGGAGGAGGCUAGAGAGAAUUUGAUCAGUUCGUUUACUCAUUUCACAUCUUUGUCAAGAAGACUUGUGAAUGUGAUUUCUCUAACUGAACCAAAGUGUUUGGUGAGACUCCAACAAAGAGAAGAAGCUCGAUCCUUUCUUCAAUCUCAUCACUGGAAUCUCGACGAUGCUGUCUCCGCCUUCGUUCAAAACAAUGUCGCCGUCGAGUCAAAUAUCUUUAUCUCUAGCGACCAACAAAACCCAGGAAUCCUCAAUGCUCGAGCUCCGUCGUCUUGGAAUCUUGGAAUCGAUUACGAUCCUUCGACGUCGCUGAUACGGUCGAGAUCUCCGUCUCCUCCUUCUCGCGCCAGAUACCCUAACCUGUCAACGGGUCAACCCGCCGGGGACAUCCGUACUUCCGGUGAUACAUCCGGCGGAACUGCUAAAGAUUCCGAUGAACCCAUGGAGAACUACGUCGGAGGAGAUCAAAGUGGGACGAUGGUGCAAGAUACUCAACAAGGUCGUGAAGAUGAUGAUGCUAAUGACAUACUGACGCUCUCUUUAACUCUGAGGAGGAACGGUUGCACUGUCAAUGAUGGUCCGACGUUCAAGACGUUCGACCCGAAAGACGAAGACUUUAUUAAGUACUUAAAAACGCUAAAGUCACCAUGUGAACUAAGAAUUCGUUUCAAUCUCAUCAGGCGUCAAGACGAAGACUACCAUGUUCCUCCAUUCCAAGGCGUAGGAAGAACUCUAGGAUCAGACUCUGUCUCUUCUGAACCACCAGCUUCAUCACCUCCUUCUCUUGCCACGUCAACGGGUCAACCCGCCGGGGACAUCCGUGUGUCCUCCGAUUCUUAUGAACCGCAGGAGAACUACGGCCGAGGAGAUCAAAGUGGGACGAUGGAGCAAGACCAUCAGGAAAGUGAAGAAAGGCCUCAAGUAAUCACGCCAGAUCUAACUCUCUGGAGGAACGGUUUCAGUAUCCAUGAUAUGCCGUUAAUGACGUUGGAUAGGCCGGAAAACGUAAACUUUAUUCAGGAAUCACCAAUGCCGUUUACUUCGUUCCAAGGCAUAGGAAUAAAUCUAGGAUCAGGCUCUGUCUCCGCUGAACCAUCAGUGAGCCUAGUGGUAGAUCCCGCAGCGCCAACUACCUCGAUCCAGCUCAGAUUAGCAGACGGAACAAGCAUUGUCUCCCGUUUCAACACUCACCAUACGGUUAGAGACAUCCGAGGCUUCAUAGACGAGUCAAGACCAGAUGGCUCCAGAGACUACCAAUUGCUCAGCAUGGGGGUUCCUCCUAGACCACUCACUAACUUGGACCAGACCAUCGAGGAUGCUGACAUCUCCAACUCUGUCCUCAUCCAGAAAUACUAA